GGUAGUAGGGUUUCUGUCAUCCCGAUUGUCGGGAUGGGUGGUAUGGGCAAAACCACUCUUGCUCAACUUGCUUAUAAUGAUGAUAAAGUGAAAGAACAUUUUGAGCUGAAAGUAUGGAUUUGUGUAUCAGUCCCGUUUGAUAUUUUGAGAAUAAUGAAAGCGAUUAUUGAGGGCGUCACUUCUAAGAAAUAUGAUUACGAAAACUUAGACGUUCUUCGAUAUAGAUUGAAUGAAGCAUUGGAGGGGAAGAAAUUUUUGUUUGUUCUUGAUGAUGUUUGGAACGAGAAUGAUGCUAUGUGGGCAGCUUUGAAAAGUUGUUUUGAAUCUGGAUCAAGUGGUAGUAAAAUUAUUGUGACUACACGAAGCCAAGUUGUUGCCUCAGUUAUGGCCACUGGGAAGAUUUAUUACCUAAAUGAGUUGUCGGAUGAAGAUUCUUGGCAAUUAUUUGCAAAAUAUGUUUUUGGAGAGAACGUUGAUCCCAAUGACUACCAAGUCCUCCAAGUAAUUGGUAGGGAAAUAGUGAAAAAGUGCCGAGGCUUUCCAUUAGCAAUAAAAUUUGUUGGUAGAUUAUUGCACGCAGAACGGGAUCCCAAAAAAUGGGAAGAGAUACUUAAUAGUGCCAUAUGGGAGGAAUCAUAUGAACGAGGGGGAUAUGUUCUUCCAGCUUUAUGGUUGAGCUAUUGUCACUUACCGGCACAUCUCAAUCAAUGUUUUGUGUAUUGCUCCAUAUUUCCCAAGGAUUAUGAAUUUGAUAGAGAAAAAUUGAUUUUGCUGUGGAUGGCAGAAGGUUUUCUACAAGUUGAUGAACAGAGCAAAAAGAUGGAGGAAGUUGGAGAGGAAUACUUUCAGGAUCUUAUGUUAAGGUCAUUUUUUCAACAUUCAAGUAAUGGAAAAUCGUUCUUUAACAUGCAUGACCUGGUACAUGAUUUAGCUAUGCGUGCAUCAGAUAAUUGUUGUUUUAAUUUGGCUCCCGAUAAUAAUUUCAUUGGCCUUUCAGAAAAGACCCGCCAUUUGUCAUAUAUGAAGGGAGAUUAUAUUGCCCACAAAUUUACAGGCUUGUCUAGAGUCAAGAGCUUGCGUACUUUUUUAGCAUUGCCAUUACAACAAUGCUAUACGAGGAACGUAGUCCCAUAUGAUGUGCUGCUUACAGUAGGAAGUUGUUUAAGAGUAUUUUCUUUAAGCGAAUCUUCUAUUAAGAUGCUGCCUGAUUCAAUUGGUAUGCUAAAACAUUUAAGGUACCUGGACUUGUCUUUCACUGUAAUUGAAGAGUUGCCAGAUACAGUUUGCAAUUUGUAUAAUUUGCAGACACUAUUGUUGGAAGGUUGCACUAGACUUACUACAUUGCCAAAGAGGAUAGGGGAAUUAAUUAACUUGAGACAUCUCUGCCCUCCCCCCUUCUUGAUUGAGAGGCCACAAAUUGGUAAAAUGUCAAGUGAUAUUUGUGUGGAUAAGAAGACUAAGUUUAGCAUGAAGCAGCUACAAAGGUUGAAAAUUCUACCAGAGACUCUUCGCAUUUCUGGACUAGAAAAUGUUGCAGAUGUUAAAGAUGCUUUGGAGGCCGAGUUAAAGAAUAAGAAGUCGGUUAAUAAGUUGAUAUUGAGAUGGGGUAUUAAUCAUGCAGCCGAUUAUAGUAAAUCGCAAAAAGAAAGAGAAGUGCUUGGCCAACUUGAACCUCAUGCAAAUUUGAAGGAACUUGAAAUCCAUAACUACAAAGGUACCACUUUCCCAGAUUGGUUUGGAUCCCAUUUGUUAUCUAAUAUGGUGACUGUGAGUCUAUAUAAAUGUAAGCAUUGUUUCAUCUUGCCGCCUUUGGGGCAGCUACCCUCCCUCAAACACCUUAUGAUUUCGGAUUUUGCAAGCGUGUUGAGGAUAGGGUCAGAGUUCUAUUCUAUUUCUGGCACAAUACCAUUUAGAUGUUUGGAGAGUUUGCAUUUGGAAUUGAUGCCAGAGCUCCGAGAGUGGUUGUUUAUUGAAGGCGAAGUUGAAGGUGGAGUUUUUCCUCUUCUCAAGGAACUUGAAUUGAAAGACUGUCCGAGACUCAAAGUUUCAUUGCCUAAUUACCUUCCAUCAUUGAGAAAGCUUGUCAUCGAUGAAUGUGACCAACUACUACCUUUACUUCCAAGGGCCCAACAGAUGGAUGCUGCAUUUCCAUCUCUUGACACUAUAAGAAUAUCUGAAUGUCAAGGACAGGAGAUAUUUCUAGAAGGGGGUUUGCCUUCGAGUUUAAAGGAAAUUGUCAUUUGCAGUUGCGAAAACCUUGAGGCCUUAGACUCAAAAGCCAUUCAACACCUCACCUCCCUUGAGAAGCUGGAAAUUUUGUUCUGCGUCAACCUUGUUUUCUUGCCAAAACCACCUCGUUCUCUUCUUUCUCUAUCAAUCAACUGUUGUCCUUUACUAACACCACGACUACAGAGGGAGACUGGGGAGGAUUGGCACAUAGUUGCUGAUAUCCCGAAACUAGAUAUCCGAUCACAUCCUUACUUGAGCGAAGACCAGGCGGAAGAUGAUUGUUCAGUUCAUUUUCUGCAAAAUUCUCCACGCUAGCUGGCAUUAUAUCCCCAACAUAAUGGAAUCUUUUCAAAUUUUACAAUUAUGGAUAUCUUUUCUCUGUUCAUUCAGUACCAACGUCUGCUGUUAAUAGGUACAGUUUUAUGGGUUUUGAAAGAAUAUGACGAUAUAAUUACAUAUAUUUUUACAUUGAUUGUAAUCUACUGGGGUUAUAACUAUUUGCUGUUAACAACUCUGUCAUAUACCAUCUGCAGUGGCUUCUAUUGGACUAGGAUUCAACUCGCUCUUGUGAUUGUCUCCAUACAUGGGUCCUAAUUCUGAGCGUUGCGCUAUGUAUUUUCAUGGAGUUCAACUUUGCUUCUGGUGUCAUCUCUCUUUAACCAUUUUGGAUUUAUUUAUUUGUUUAAGUGUAAUUUCAGUUGACAUUUUAGUCGAUAAUCUCGCUUAAUAAUUGGUAGCCCACCUU